AUGGAAGGUUCCAGCGGCCUGUCUGAGUGUGUGCGCGUGAAGGAGGAGCCCGCCGAGCCAGAAGCGGAGCCCGAGCACCCGCCGCCCGGCGCGGCGCCAGGAGUACACAUCAAAGAAGAGCCACAGAAUGGACAUCAUUCAGACAGUCUGAAGGAGGCAGAGCGUGUCAAGCAAGAGACGGAGUGUGAAAAUGAAGUCAAGGAAGAUCCCUCAUGCUCCGACAGUGAGUGUGGUGUGAGUGAGGCAGCCGUGCUGGCCGGCCUGUACACAGACCAUGAAGUCAAAGAUGAGCUUGUUCUGGGACAGGAAUGUCCAUAUCGACCUGACGUCACUCUAGUAGUUAAUGGUCGCGUUGGCUCUGUGCUCCGAGAUUGCUGCGUGACACUCGAACGCCUUCCACACGUCGAGACGCUCGCCAAGCGCCAAUACACAACUCACACUGAGGCACAAUCUGAUAAUGACGAAUUAUACGCUAGAGAGAAAGUACCGAUAUGUGAUCGGUGUGGUGAAAGCUUCAGUCUAAAGUCAGAUUUAUUGAAACACGUCAUGGAUCAUAUCCACAGCCCUUCAAGCGCGGAGCAGGAAGGGAGUGGACACAGUUAUGCAUUUGAUGGUCAAUGGACGCAGGAGCAGGAGCGCGCCCUGUGCCGCAAAUACGAUGUUCGGGACUGCUGCGUGCUUCUCAAACGCCUCCAACACCACGAGGCUCACGCCGCCAGCGACACCCAAUACAUAACUCAAACUGACACGGAAUCUGAUACAGAGGAAGUACACACUGGAGUUGACUAUGAGAAACCAACAUGUGAUCUUUGCGGAGAAAGUUUUACACUGAAAUCCGAUUUGAAGAAACAUAUCAUGAUUCAUAUCCAGGUACCUACCACACACCAUCCACAAGCGGGUACUGAUAGGGAAUCGGAUACUGAAGAGAAAAACAUCGAUAUUGACUGUGAGAAUAUGUACGUAGGUCGCACUAAACAAAUGUAUGAACAUUCAGAAAUGCAUGCUUAUGAGUGUGACAUUUGCGGUAAAAUAUUUCAGCGAAAAAAUAGCUUAACACAUCAUAUUAAAACGCACUCGACCCAGUCAAAGUCUAAGGUUUUUAAAUGUAAUAACGUAGGAGAGAAAUCAUACUGCUGCGAAACAUGUGGAAAGUGUUUCCAAUCUGAAUAUCGGUUGAAUGCACAUAUACGAAUUCACACCGACAUAAGAGCAUAUUCGUGUGACAUAUGUAAAAAACGAUUUAAAACUGUGAAGUGCUUAAAAGCUCAUACACUGAUUCAUGGUGACACAAGACCAUAUUUGUGUGAAGUGUGUAAAAAACGAUUUAGAACUAGGGCAUUUUUAAAACAACAUAUACCGAGUCAUAGUAACAUAAGACCAUAUUCGUGUGACGUGUGUAAAAAACGAUUUAAAAGUGUGAAUUGUGUAAAUAGACAUAUGCGGAUUCAUGGUGACAUAAGACCAUAUUCGUGUGACGUAUGUAAAAAAAGAUUUAAAAGUGUGAGUUGUGUGACUAGACAUACGCGGAUCCAUGGUGACAUACGAGUAAGACCAUAUUUCUGUGACGUAUGUAAAAAACGAUUUGAAACCAGAUGUUGUUUAAAAAAACAUACACAGAUUCAUAGUGACUUAAGACCAUAUGUGUGUGACGUAUGUAAAAAACGAUUUAAAACCAAAUGUUGUUUAAAAAAACAUAUACAGAUUCAUAGUGACUUAAGACCAUAUGUGUGUGACGUAUGUAAAAAACGAUUUAGAACUGGGACUGGUUUAAAAAAUCAUACACUGAUUCAUGAUGACAUAAGACCAUAUUUAUGUGACGUAUGUAAAAAGCGAUUUAGAACUGUGGGUGACUGUAAAAAACACACACGGAUUCAUACUGGGGAAAAACCAUACACAUGUAAAAUAUGCAACAAACGAUUCACGCACCUGUCAACCUUAAGGAAACAUGACUUAACUCAUACUUACUGCAGAAAAUAGGUUUUCCAAUGAAAUAUGUAAAAUUGCUAUGUAUUUAAAAAUUCAUACACGGAAUCAUUGUGACCUAAGACCAUAAUUCAUAAUUAAGAAUUCAUUCAUUACAUUUAUUAUAUAAUCAUGUUUUAUAAGGUCUUACAAAGGGCCUAUUACGGCUAGAGUCUGGCUUUUGAAAUAUUACCCAAAGUUUUGGCGGGAAAUUCAAAAAAUCUUGGGCUGGGCACCCUGUGUGUAGUAGGAACUAUAGCUUUGAUAAUAGACAAUAUUUUUUAUUUUCUUUGCACACGUAAGGUACCUAAAUAAUUAAGUUAAAUAUACGUUGACGUGCACUCAAAGUCAGCUCACAUAAUUUCUACCACUAUUUAAAGUACAGUCAACGACAUAAACAUAAGUAUAUGUUCUAAUGUUAUGAUUUUAAUGAUAUUUUCCAGCACUUCUAGUUUAUCCGUUUUUUUUACACACUUGUCCUAUUUAUGAGAUCCAGGUAUUAAUAAAUUCACGUACUUAUACAAAGUUAAGAGAAAUGUUAGAAGUAGUACUUAAAGUAUCAAAAUAUUAUAUUAUUUAUAGAGCCUACUAAUACUAAUACCUACUAAAUAGUUUACGAUAUGUAAACAUUGCAGUUUUUCGUUAUAAAAUGCUUCACGUCGACUUCGCACGUUGUCGUAAUUAUUUACGAGCUUAAAUAAUAGUUUGCGGAACACACUCGGCAUUAUAGUCAUGAUUAAUAUUAUUUAAGUAUUAUUAGGCCAUAUAUGUCGUACUACAGAUAACCGGUGGACCAAACAUGUCACAGAAUGGUUACUUAUGGACACACCGAGAAAACAGAAAAAACCGAAUACAAGACGGAGAGAUGAGCCACGAAAUUUCGACUGAUACUGGUGGAGAACAGCACAGAAUAGGAAGGAAUGGGAAAAACUGGGGGAGGCCUUUUCCGCCCACGCGACAUGCAAAUGAAUAAAAUAAAAAAAUAAUUUAAUAAAUAAAUGUAAUAACAAAUAAAGGCUAUUACUAUUAAGUAUUAUUUAAAAUAAACGCCUUAUAAAUCGUGAACAAUUUGAAUGAAUGGCAUAAAUUGACAACAGACUUUAACUUUUUCUAAAAGCAUACACAAUUGGUGAUACAACAAGGAAAUAUUUGUCAACAAUAUUUGGCUAGCCAUACUCUAGUGACGUUUUUUAGGUAUUGCAUUGAUAGAGUCUGGCUAGCCAAAAAUUGUUGACAGAUAUUUCGUUGUUGUAUCACCAAUUGUCUAUGAUUUUAAAAAAAGCUAAAAGACAGUUGUCAAUUUAUGUCAUUUCGCUCAGGUUCGCAAACUAUUAUUUAAGCUCGUAAAUAAUUACGACAGUGUGCGAAGUCGACGUGUAGCAUUGUAUAACGAAAAACUGCAAUGUUUACAACUCCUAAACAAAUGUAAACAAAUUAGGAGGUUGGUGCUCUAUAAAUAUUUUGAUACUUAGCAUUUAGCAUAUUUGGCAUAGUAAUUAUGUAUUUUUUGGUGAUGGAUUAAUAUUACGGUAUUGUCGAGUUAGAUCUUAUUUGCACUACAUUUCAUUUUUCGCCUUGUUACAAUGGUAGUAGUAGUAGUAGUAAAACACUUUAUUGUACAAAAAACAAAACAAAACAUCAGGAAAAAUAACAUUCAUCAUCACAAAGGCGAACUUAUCCCUUUAAGGGAUCUCUUCCAGUUAACCUUUGAGCAAUUGAGGGAGAAUUAUAAUGGUAUAUGGUGAGAAAGUGUUAACACAUGUGUUUAUCGUUGACUGUACUUUACAUAGUUGUAGAAAUUAUGUGAGCUGACUUUGAGUGCACUUCAACGUAUAUUUAACUUAUAUCCUUAGGUACCUUACGUGUGCAUAGAAAAUCAAAUAUUUUCUAGUAUCAAAACUAUAAUUCCUACUACGCAAAGUGUGACAACCCAAGAUUUUUUUAAUUUCCCGCCAAACAUUUGAGUAAAAUUUCAGUAGGUAGCCAGACUCUAAAAAUAAACCGUUAUUUGCGUGAUUUCUGUAUAAAACAAAGUUUUACUAUCAAUUUAAUGCAAAUAAAUAUUUGAAAGUAGAUAGAUGCGCAUAUAUUUAUGUAGUAAUAUUGUGUAAUUAAUAAAACGCAAUUGUUUUUUGUACGGAAAGCGAACCACCUUAAGGCUAAUCACUGCUUCUUAACUAGGUACCCUUAAUGUACAUAUUUUUUGCAAUUUACUCUAUUGUUUCCCGUAAUUAAGACUAUGUUUUUAUAUCAUUCGGACAGAAGUUUUUGUGGCAAAAUAAGUGUCUGAGAAAAUGAAACAUCGAUAAAUCUUAUGUGUCCGACCGAAACAUGUUUUUUUGCCGAAACCGAAACCGAAU